AAAAGCAUACGCAUACAUAUGUGCAUAUGUAAAUAAAUAUUCAAAAAUUAAAGUUGCGACAAUGCACUACGUAUCCUCGCGGAAGCUUUCAAUUGAACAAUACUAUUUUAGUGAUAACUUUUUUCAUUUGUGACUUCACCGUGCAGCUCCUAACAAAGUUGACUGUGGAAAAUAUCGAAUAUAGCUCGUUGAAAUAUCUCAAAUAUGUAUAUUUUGAAAACUUUUUGUACACUUUUAUCAAAAAUAAAAAUAAAUAAAAGGAAUAGAAUAGCAUUUAUCCACAUAUUCUCAAAUCCAGUGCGCAAAAUUCGGCCAACUCCGAAAACUAAACGCCAAUGUCCACAGCUAAUAUCAGUUAGAAGUGUCUAAAUAAUUUGUGCAAAGAUUCAAGUGAAGUCUAUGUAGUUUUUACUACAUAGAUACAUGCAUACAUUCUAUAUUUUUUAAACUGAUUAAGUGCAAUUAGCCUUAAAAAGAAAAAUUUAACAACGAUUAUAGGGCAGUGUGCUCAGCCACGUAAAUGCUUUUAAUUUGGCGUAUCAGGAGAAACAUACGAUCAAAAAUGUGGUAACACUUGGUCCAAGCUCAUAAUUAUCCACCUGUGCUGCUUCUAAACAUCUCUGAACUCCAUAUCUAACAAUUGCAGCUGCUGCAAUAUAAUAUUGUACUGAAAUCGCAGAGAAUAUAAUGUCUUCUGUCUAGUUGCGUAUUGUAAGAUAUCGACAGUUCCAAUUUUCCCAAUCAAGCGUGUGGUAGAGCUUCACAAUGACAACCAAAUCAAAGACUCAACAAGAGAAGCACAAAAUGUCCGAGAUCGACGAAAAUAUUUCGAAAAUGUUUGAUAUAAAAAAGCGCUUGGGUAAAGGAGCAUAUGGCAUUGUGUGGAAAGCAUUGGAUAAGCGUACAAACGAAACGGUAGCAGUAAAGAAAAUUUUCGACGCAUUUCGUGACGAAACUGAUGCGCAACGAACUUUUCGUGAAAUUGUUUUUCUGAAGGCAUUUCGUAAUCAUCCCAAUGUCAUACGAUUAUUAACCGUAUAUCGAGCAUCGAAUAAUUUAGACAUAUACCUCAUUUUUGAAUAUAUGGAAAGUGAUUUGCAUAACAUCAUUAAGAAGGGCACUAUUUUGAAGGAUAUUCAUAAAAGAUAUGUGAUGUACCAAUUAAUUAAUGCCAUUAAGUAUAUACAUUCCGGAAAUGUGAUACAUAGGGACCUGAAGCCAAGUAACGUACUCAUAGAUAGUAAAUGCAGAUGUAAAUUGGCCGAUUUCGGACUAGCACGGUCUGUUUCAAAUCGGCCAAUGCGAGAGAGUAACGAUAUGACUACUGACCACGUCAACGAGCCCAUACUUACAGAUUACGUCGCUACGCGUUGGUACAGAGCUCCAGAAAUUCUUGUUGCUAGUAAAAGAUAUACUAAAGGGAUCGAUAUGUGGAGCUUGGGUUGCAUACUUGGUGAAAUGAUACGUGGAAAACCUUUGUUUCAAGGCAGUAGUACUGUUAAUCAAAUAGAAAGGAUAGUAACAGCUCUACCAGAAAUAACAGAUCAUGACGUUAAAGCAGUGGGAGCUGGUUUCGGAUCCGUACUUCUUAGCAAACAGAUUUCACGUGAAAGGAAAACAUCUUUAAAUGAAAUGAUGUCUGAUGCUCCAGAAGAUGCUUUAAAUAUGGUCAAAUCAUUAUUAGUCUUAGAUCCUUUGGCUCGACUUACAGCGAAACAAGCCCUUGGCCAUCCAUACGUAGAAAAAUUUCGCAACUCUAUACCAGAAAUUGAAUUGAGUGUGGACAUUUUGCCACCAUUCCGCGAUGAUGUGCGUCUGACGGUACCUGAAUAUCGGUCAAAGUUAUAUGAAAUUGUCCAACAUAACAACGAAAAAUCAGACAAACGCCAUUCGACUGCAACUGCUAAGGGUUCCAACAUAAAUCAAAAAGAUUACAAGCUUUCAACAUCCUACGACAAGACUGAUCCAUUAAAGAAACCCCACAGGACUAAGCAAGGCAAAAUCUCAGAGGACAAAUAUAUUUCAAAAGAUAAGUAUUUAACUCGACCGGAGAAACACGAAAGCGAAACACAACCAUCUAUCAGCGUGCCCAGUAUAAACGGUAAACCCACUAAAAAGUUAACUACGAUAUCUCCUAAUGCAAAACGCAAGUCCGGCAAAACACUUUCUAAAUACUUUGCCCAGCAAACAGUAGAAGUUUUAAAAGAUAAGAAGCACUUAAAAGUACAUGAAAGCUGUGAUGAUCAUUUUCCCGUAAAUGUGAUUGACAAGCGUCAUUCCAUAGAUGCAGGCUACGCUAGUCUCCCAGAUGGUAGAAUAGGUUUAGGAGGACAAUUGGGAGAACUAGUAGGUGGACAGACUACAUCACCGAGCGGCGCACUAAAAAAGAUUGAUAGCACACGGCGACAACACCGUAGCUCGUCGUCGAUAAGUAAAGGUGAACAAAAACACAAAACAGAGCAAGCAACCACUCAUCUUCUUCAGCAUCAACAAAAUAAAUGUUCUACACAUCAAAAAUUAGAAUGCCGGCAGCAAGAAAGCAGUUUUGCUUAUCCAGAUAUCGACAUAGAAGUUCAAGAUCCAUACAACAAUGACAGCGCGCCAUUUUUAAAGAAGCCUUCAUAUGUUCGGAACUCAAAAUCAGACGUAACGAAUACCAUUGGUAGUGGUCUGACAAAGUCUACUGAAACCAUAGUCAGAGGAAAUGAUCGAUUAUGUUAUGAAAAACGAUUGAAAAAAUUAGAGGAAGAAAUAGAAAAAUACAAAAAAGAAGUAAAGUCAUUUUGUAAAGAAACAUUUAGUUAUACGCAUCAAAAAUCGCCACAAAAGCAUAGUAAGGGCAAUGGUCAGAUUCAAAGUCAAAUCCAAAAUAACUUCCGAAACGCAACUAAUAACCAAACUCGUCCCCAUACUCAGCAACAGGCAUACCUGGAACGAACGAAAUCCGAUGUUAGAAACAAUAGACAUCAACAACAAAUACAACAAAAUUUGUCCAAUACAAAACAAAAUCCCUAUUAUGAUUUGCUUGCUAAGGUAACUCGUGAUUUUGGAAGUAAAAAUGGCAUUAAUUCAGCGAUUUUUAAUGGUACUCUCAACGUUGGAGCUGUACCUAUAGUUACAGCUGAAAACGAAGGAGGGGAAUAUAUUGUAGACCGAUCGACGAAAAUGUCGAAUAAGGACGUAUUGAUAGAAGAAAAACAUCAGUCCUUUCACGCGCACUCCAACAUAUCAAAAAUACAUCAGCCACAUCAACAGUCUACACACAACAUUCAUCGCAACGGCAGACCCAUGUCGAAAUUCAUAGCGCGACCAGCCCAACAUAGUAGCCACUUAACGAAGCAUACAUUAACAAAUUGUCAAUGAUAUUGAUUUUACUAUUCUAUGCUAGAAUAACUGCCAUUUUAUCUAAGUUAUUAAAUGCGCGUUUUUAUGUACGUGUAAUGGUAAUUCUAUAUACAUAUGUAUGUAUAUGUAUGUACUUACCUGUAUAUAUCCAAUUGAAAUAUAUUUGUAUGAGUGUCUAUAUUCACUAUUCACCGAAUAUUUUAAAGAACUACAUAUUGUAUAUUGAUAAUUUUUAUCUUAUCCAAUUAAAGGGCUAAUAAUCAGAUGAUACAGGCCAUGAGUAAAAUAAACAUAACACUUACAUAAGUAUAGAGUUUUAAAAAAUCAAAGGCAGGCGAAAAAUUACAUACUUUCACAAAGAAAGAUAAACUCAAACUGAAUUCAAUGAUUUUUCGUACGGAAAUACAGUAUGUCCAAGAUAAUAAUUUUCUUAAGAAGGCGUUUAUUUUGACAAAUAAAUAUCUUACAAAAUAACGAAAAUAAUUUAUUAGAUAUGGAGAUGCUAGACCGAUUUUAUGUAUUUUUAACUCGAGGUCACAUUGAUGUCAUCCAAAUGUGACUCUUAACUCCAGUAAAUUUCCUCAGAUAUUUACCGAUAUUAUCGGAAUAAUAGGCCUUAUGUACGGAAAUUUUCAUAUUUGGUAUAUUAUUAAUUGACUUU